UGUGCACCAGGCAACUCCCCCCCCCCCCCCGCAUCCAACCGGGACUGGGAGGGGCCGGGAGACUCAGCCCCCCUCCGUCGCUCCCUGGAGCCCAGCUACUGUAGGGUCUGGCUCUGCACGGCACCCAGUGAGCUCCCCCCUGACCCCUGCAGCCCCCCACCCUACCGAGAACCAUGGGACACUGCCUCUCUGCUACUCGUCUAAGGAGUCAAUCCUGAGUGGGGUGGGGGUGGGGCAGACACCCCUUAGUGAGCGGGGCAGCGUGAUGCGACGGGCUACGGUGCUGGCCCUGCUGACCGUGGUGCUUGCCUACCUGGUGAGUGGCGCCUUCGUCUUCCGCCUGCUGGAGCAGCCGCAUGAGAGCCGCCAGCAGGAGGCACUGCAAGCUGCCCGUGAGCAGUUCCUGCAGAGAUACCGCUGUGUGCCCAGCCAGGAGCUGGACGCGCUCAUCCUGCAUGUCAGAGAUGCCAUGGGUGCUGGCGCUGACCCCACAGCCAACAGCACCAAUAGCACCAACUGGGACAUGGGCAGCGCCUUCUUCUUCGCUGGCACCAUCAUCACCACCAUCGGGUUCGGUAACACAUCCCCCAAGACAGACGGGGGGCGUCUCUUCUGCAUCUUCUACGCUCUGGUUGGGAUCCCGCUCUUCGGGAUGCUGCUGGCUGGGGUGGGCGACCACCUGGGCUUCUCACUGCGCCAGGCCAUCAGUAAGGUGGAGGAUGUCUUCCUGAAAUGGCAGGUGAGUCCCACCAUUGUGCGAGUUCUCUCUGCCCUGCUCUUCAUCCUCAUUGGCUGCAUCCUCUUCGUCACCAUCCCCACCAUUGUGUUCCAGCGAGUGGAGGGCUGGACCCUGCUGGAGUCUGUCUACUUUGUGGUCAUCACGCUGACUACCAUCGGCUUUGGGGACUAUGUGGCAGGUGAUGGUAUGGGGGAUGACCACCCCUGGUACAAGCCCCUGGUCUGGUUCUGGAUCCUGCUGGGCCUGGCCUACUUCGCCUCCAUCCUCACCAUGAUUGGCAACUGGCUGCGAGUGCUGUCCCGUCGCACAAGGGCCGAGAUGGGGGGCCUCACCGCUCAGGCUGCCAGCUGGACAGGGAAUGUGACCGCCCAGCUGCGGGUGACAGGCAUGGGGCUGCCCGAGAAGCUUCAGAAGGUGGGAACGCUGAAGGGACACCCGCCCUCCCCUAUGCCCCCGGAGCUUCCACCCACCAUGCCUUCUCCCUCGCCUCGCCCGGAGCCCCCCUCUCCCAGCACCGCCCUACAGGUGGCACAGCUCAACGCCCGCAACAUGGCUGCUUCAGCGGGGGGCGGCUUGUGCCCUAUAGACUACAUGGGGGAGAACCUGGCCUUCAUCGAUGAGAGCUCCGACACCCAAAGCGAAGCACCCAGCGAAGGGAGGCUGCAGGCCAAGCGCCCCCGCCAACUCCGCCGCCUGCGUACCCGCCACACCCACGGCCAGCCCCCUGGCCUGCCCAUGGACCUGCUGAGCCGCACUCGCCACAAGGGUGAGGCGGUCUAGAGGGGAGUGGAGCAACCCCAGCACGGAGACUGCCCCCCUGCAGCAUGGUGCUACCUGUCCCCCCCCAACAGCACGGAGACUGCCCCCUGGCCGUCAGCUGGGCCUACCUGUGGUACCAACUGGGCCCCCCUACACUGCCAAUGGGGGCCCCCCAACACAGACCUCCCUUCCCUCCUGGUACCAACUGGGCCACCCAGCAUGGAGACAUCCCAUCCCCUUUGAUGCCAACUGCCCCCCUGCUGCCAACUGCCAACCAAGCACUGAGACUGCCCCUCUCCCCUGGUACCAGCUGAGCACCCCUGUCACAGAGACACUCCAUUCUCCAUGGUCUCCUCAAGGUGCCAACUAUCCCUCCCCAGCACCAGACCCUACCCACACCCAGCAAAGGGAUUUGCCCCCAUCCCCUUCCUGGUACCAGGAGACCCCCAGUACAGGGAAUCCCACUACACAGACACCUACCACCCCAGCUCACAGACUAACUUCCUCCCCUGGAGUGUCUGCGGGGCAGCUUGUGGGGGACACCCCCACCUCCCCUUAAAUCUGUGCCUCAUUUGCCUUGCAGGAUGGAUCCUUAACCCCCCCCAAAAAGGGGGCAGAAGGAUCAACCUGCCAAAUGAUAUUCUGAACCCCCAAACUCCUGGGAGGUGACCCCUCCCCAAAUCAACUAGGGGGAGUUUAUUGAACCAAACAAGGGGCUAUGCUGUUCCCUGCUGCCUCCCCCCCGUGCCAUAGGGAGUGGAGGUUUCCACCCAGCGAUCCCCCUGUGUGUCUGUCCUGUUGCCGCCCCCCCAAUCCACACACACAAAGGUGCCUGUUUGACUCGGUUCGAUGGAUGAUUUUUUGUUUUUGUUUUUUAUUUUCCAGAUUAAACCAAAAUCUGAAUGAGA